AUGACCUCACGUAUCGACAAGACAAUUGCUCGACAACGAGAGAAGAUCGCUUCUGGUGCUUACUAUGAAGCUCACCAGCAACUGCGGGUCAUCGCUGCCCGGUAUAUCAAGCAAGCGAACUACGAUGCGGCGGCAGAGAUUCUUGCUGGCGGCGCCGCCGCACUACUGAAAGCUGGAUCUCAACAGGGUGCUUCUGCCAGUGGCGGCGAUUUGGCGAUCAUGUUGGUGGUUGAAGUCUACACAAAGGCGGGGUGGGAGAUCACUGGAGGAAAUGACGAUGCGGAGGGGCGGGCUCGGAAGAAGCGCUUAAUCGAACUUCUGCACGAAUUCCCGCCCGAAGAGCCUACCCGGAAGAGGUUUAUCCAGGAGAUGAUCGGUUGGAGUGGCAGGUUUGGACCCUUAGAACGCGGCGACCCUGAGUUGCAUCAUGCCGCUGGAUCGGUAUACGCGGAAGACCACGAACCCUAUGACGCGGAAAAGCAUCUCAUCUUUGGUACCUCGGAAUCAGCUGAGACUCUGGCCAAACUGGAAUUCGAGUGGUACACCCAUGACGAACCGCACACUGCCGCACUUUAUGCCUCUCGCGCGGUAUUCCCAUAUCUCUUGAUCGGAAACCUUCGCAGCGCCAACAAAGCCUUCCUCAUUUUCACGUCAAAGCUUUCCUCCACAAACCCCUCACUCGGCGUGCAAGAUGUCAGCAGCGCUAGCUCUGACGUACGCGUCUUCCCCGCGCUGCCAUUGUUGAAUUUCAUCAGCAUGCUGCUCCUUACGAUUCAGCGCGGUAGUUCGGAUUUGUAUAAGCAGUUGACGGCGCAUUAUGCAUCUCAUAUUAGAGACGUCGGAAUCUGGGAUGACGCCCUGUCUCAGAUAGGCGAGCAAUAUUUCGCAAUCAAGAUCCCAAGGCAGAGCAACCCGCUGCUGGAUAUGAUGGGAAGCAUGUUCUUUGGUGGCGGUCAGGAUGGCGCUGGUGCCCGGAUGGCACCUCAGGGCAGAGGAGGGUCGAAGAGGGUGGAAGCGCCUCCGACGAGUAUGGAGCUCGAUUAG